AUGAUUACUGUCAAGGUGGUACAAUCUCUCGCGGAUGCUGCGGCGGCUAAGAUGCUGCUCUGCGGGCACACGCCAGAAGUAGCCUUUACGUCCGCUCUGGCAUCUGUUCAGUUCUAUGUUACUCAGCAACAAUUACAGGCUCAGCUUCGGGAGGCGCAACUGAACAAGAAGUUAAAUAAAGUUCAAGAGGCCUGCAGGCGCAAAGUGGAGGAGGUGCACAAGGCGUACACGCAGGCGAAGCGCAAGUACGAGGAGAUGUUGCAGUCCCAUGCACAAACACAGCAGGACAAUCAGGAGUUGCAAGCCAAGUAUGCGCAAAAGUCAAUGCAGGCACGGAAGCUCCAAGAAAUUGUCAAGAAACAGCAGCAGCAUAUGGACAAGCAGCAGCAGGAGAUCGAGAUGCUACGUCAGGGUGCCUCUAGAGGCCAACCCCUUGGCGGAGGGCAUGGGGUUGGAGCUCAUGGCAUGGGGCGCAGCCCGUUAUCCCCACUGGCACCCGGCGACGUGGUGACAACAGUGCACCGGACCCAGGUCUUUGCGGACCUGUCCAGUCCACCUGCAGUGGGAGGUUAUGGCAAGGAGCAGGCGGCCCUUCCAUCGUCGGGUCGCGUCCAGGGCAUAACCGGUGGAUAUCGCAACCAGCACGGAGGGAACAACAACGGUGAUGCCGGCGGGUUUCUUGGCGGUUCCAUGAGCGGCGGCAGCCCGAUGGCGCUGGCCAGUCAGGGCAUGGGGCAUACAAGCUCGUUCGGAACAGGGCUGGGAGCAGGAAUGCGUCACGGCAGCGGCGUUAGUGGUCAGGAUCCGAACAACAACGCAUUGCGAAAGAUGCUUGGCAUGGCCCCUGCGCAGAACGGAUUGCUCGGUGGGCGCAGCGCGCCCGUGACGCGGCCUGACUUGUUUUCAAUGUGA